AAGUUUGAAGACAAACUUGAUCAGAAGAGAAAGAUGGAAGCCCCGAAUUUCCUUCUCUGUCUGCUUCUAACUGCCUAUCAAGCAAAUACCAUUGGAUCAUGGUCAUGGAUAACAGAUUACUAUUCCACGCAAGAUCCUUCAUAUGCCUAUUCAUGCUGGAAUAACUGCGGAAACCACUUUGGCAUUUGUUCAUGUACAUACUUCUGUCAGAACAAUGGAAACUGUUGCUAUGACUACAAUGACUACUGCUCAAUGACCACCGACUGGCCAGAUACAACAGGUUUCCCCUCCUGCAGGUAUAACUGUGGAUACAACAUCGGCAGCUGUUCAUGCAACUACAACUGUCAUAACUAUGGCAACUGUUGCCCUGACUACGACAACCACUGCUCUAUGACAACUGACUGGCCAGAAACUACAGGUUUCCCCUCCUGCAGGUAUAACUGCGGAUACAACAUCGGCAGCUGCUCAUGCAACUACAACUGUCAUAACUAUGGCAACUGUUGCCCUGACUACGACAACCACUGCUCUAUGACAACUGACUGGCCAGAAACUACAGGUUUCCCCUCCUGCAGGUAUAACUGCGGAUACAACAUCGGCAGCUGCUCAUGCAACUACAACUGUCAUAACUAUGGCAACUGUUGCCCUGACUACGACAACCACUGCUCUAUGACAACUGACUGGCCAGAAACUACAGGUUUCCCCUCCUGCAGGUAUAACUGCGGAUACAACAUCGGCAGCUGCUCAUGCAACUACAACUGUCAUAACUAUGGCAACUGUUGCCCUGACUACGACAACCACUGCUCUAUGACAACUGACUGGCCAGAAACUACAGGUUUCCCCUCCUGCAGGUAUAACUGCGGAUACAACAUCGGCAGCUGCUCAUGCAACUACAACUGUCAUAACUAUGGCAACUGUUGCCCUGACUACGACAGCUACUGCUCAACAACAGGACCAACAUCCUGGCCAACAACAGCUCACUCCUGCAUGUGGAACUGUGGAUACAACUUCAGCAGCUGCUCAUGCACCCAUGACUGUCAGUACUAUGGCAACUGUUGCCCUGACUUUCACUGGCAUUGCCCAUCGUACACAACAAGGCCAGAAAUACAAACAGAACCAGUUUCCCACCCUCAGUGUGGAGGACACCUGUAUGGUUCUGGACUGUUUUCCAGUCCAAACUACCCAAACUAUUACCAUGACAAUGCCUACUGUGUGUGGUAUCUCUCUGCUCAGCACGGACAGAGGAUCUUCCUGUCAUUUGUUGAUGUGCAAUUGGAGCGCUGCUGUAACUGUGACUACAUCACUGUACAUGACGGCUCCUCCACUGGUCAUCCACAGCUGGGAAAGAUCUGCUUCAAUGACACCACCAACCAGGUGUUGCACUCUUCUUCACGAUACUUGACUGUUGUCUUCAGGAGUGACUACUCUGAUGUCAGCCAUGGUUUCAAGGCCCUUUUCACAAGCUCUCUGACUGCAGAUGAAGGUCGUGUGGAUUGUUCCUCAGACAACAUGGUCAUUGUCAUACAAAGGUCUUACCUCAACUCACUUGGGUACAGUGGAAAUGACCUGUAUGUGGAUGAUCAUCUGUGCAGACCCACUAUUACCAGUAGUGAGGUCGUGUUCAGCUUCCCUCUCGAUACGUGUGGAACUGCCAAAGAGAUGAUGAACGGUUAUGUGUCCUUCACCAACAAUGUGCGGGCAUCUCAGUCUCAGUUGGGUGAGAUCACUCGUCAGUCGCAGUUCCUACUACACGUGGGCUGCCGAAUGGAGCCGGACACUAUAGUCCAGAUAUUCUACAGGGCCAAGGAGAUCAUCGAUGCCAACAUCACAGGAACAGGCCGUUUCGAUGCCAGCAUAGCCUUCUACACCUCCAGUGGUUUCUACCAACAAAUUUAUGACUCUCCGUAUGAAGUCAAUCUGAACCAGCUUCUGUAUGUUCAAAUUGAGCUAAACAGGCCUGACAACAGCCUGGAUCUCUUCCUGGACACCUGUGUAGCGUCUCCAAAUCCCAGUGACUUCAAAGACCGUUCCUAUGACCUGCUGCGUAACGGAUGUCCCAGAGACAACACAUAUUAUUCCUACACCAGCGGUCAGCACUAUUAUGCUCAGUUCAGUUUCCGGGCUUUCAAGUUCCUCCGGACUCAUGCCUACGUGUACCUGCAGUGUAAAGUGAUCAUCUGCCCCGAUAAUGAUUACAACUCUCGCUGCCGCCAAGGAUGCCGCUUCCGUCGCAAGAGAUCCCUCGACAGCACCUACCACACCAAUACUGUGACGCUGGGGCCAAUCAAACUCAAAGGUCAGAGGCCAAUAGCAGGUGUACAGGAGUCUGAGAAGCCAAAGGAAUGAACUGAUCAUCUUCUUUUUGAUCAUCACCCUAAUCCUUAUGUCACAGACACACCUUACGUGACAUCUUACUAAUCAAUCUUUAUUAACCACCCAGCAAAUUAAUCUAAAGACAAGUUGAAUUUUUGCAAUUCAAUAAAGAAUUUCUAAACAGCUGUUCUUGUCACUGUUGUCUACAAUUGUUUAAAUUCACUUUUUCUGAAAUAAAACAAGAUAAUGCAAGGUAGACAAAAGGAAGACAAAAGACAAAAAAAACCAUGACAUUUCUCAUUCAAACCCUGUUACAUUUAAAUGCUUCGGGAUGUUUGGAUGUUUCAUUUCUGCAUUAAAAUUCAUGUUGAUAUUUUUUGGAAGAUAUAAAAUGUCAGGGUGACUUCAUUGUUAAUCAAUAGCCCUAUUUGAAAACUUUUUUUUUUUUUUUUUGAAAAGUUCAAAAUGAACAUAUGACAUCAACAUUAAUACAAAGAUUGCAUAAAAUACAUUUCUAAGAAAUUUCAAUGUGUUUUGAACUAGAUUUGAAAAAGAUUUUUCCAUUUGUUUAUUGUAGAUACAAGUGGCAAGGCCAGAAAUCUCCACCUUUAUUCUGUUUCUCUAUCCAAUGAUAUUAUAUCAGUGUGUAUUUUUGAAUAAACAAUCCCAAAUAAAAACCCCACAGAG